CGUCACUUCACGUGCCGCAGAGCCGGCUGGCUGGCUGGUCGAACCGAGCCACGCUCAUUGCAAAUCGAUGAAUGCGAAAGCAAACACAAAAUAAAUAAUUGAGUUUAUGAAUUAAAAGCACGGCGAGGCGGCGGGCUAAAGCGAGUGGCGUUAAGGUAGUACACGUAAUGAGCGCGAUGAGCGUCACAGCGAGUGCUACACUUACCCACAAAUUCGUUGAAGUGGCUGAAGUUGUGGCGGAGAGAAGCGCUUCGCAUCAGCUGGGGCGCGUGGAAGCCGCAGGCUGUGCGGAUACCGCUAUCGAGGCGGCAAAACAGUCAGUUAGUCAACAGACACCAGUCCGCGCACGACGACGACGACGACCACAAUCGUCGUAGAGCCACGCGACGUUAACGGAGUUUUACGUCAGCGCGAUCCCGGAAUUCAUUCAUGUUACCGAUUUGGAGGUUUCACCUUUUCCUGCGCGCGAAAAAACACACACAAGCCGCCAAUGAAAGUGCAAAAACAAAGCAAAAAGCAAGACAAAAUCGAAAAAAAGUAAAGCCAUACAAGCAAAAGAAAGCCAAUAAGUAGCAAUAAACGUGAAAAGUGAAAAAGUGAAAAGUAAUAAUAUAUACCCGUUCGCACAUAACUCGACCCAGACGCGUACAACCCACUGUGACGUACCAAAACAACAAGUACCGAUUAGUGUUAACUUUUGACCUCAACUGCAGAGUCAGCACCUAUAACAUUUAUUACUCCUAACCGUCUGGCUGCUGCAUUCGGUGAUUUUGUAAUAUUUAAAGCGUGAUAGAGAUAGAAUUAUUGUGAAACCUACCGCUUGCACUUGCACCUCACCGACACACUGGGCUUGCUGUAGGUCGGGUGUGUUGGCUGUCUCAGCUCAUUGAGCUCGUAAGAUCGCUUGGCACGACCCGUUGACGUAAGCCAGUAUGUCAUUCUGCAACACCUUGUCCAACGGCUGCAAUAACAACUCGAUCUCGGUACGCGUUUAACUUGCAACGUCUAUAACGCCAUUAACGACAACAUUCACCGCAUCCUGCCGACGUGUGUCAUGGGUGUCAUCAUCAGCGGUUGCAACAUCAUCGAGUCGUUGUUGCUGUUGCUGUUAUGUGGCCUGUGUUGCUGGCAGUUGGAGUCGCAGCUACGCGGAUCCUCGUUUAUGGUUGCGGCAUUCAUCAACGUCCGUCAAACGCGCGACAUCAUCAUUACUGAUGCGGUAAAACGCAUACGACGCGACGGUUAUCCGGUGGAGAAGCAUCAUGUGCUAACCAAGGACGGCUAUGCGUUGACACUGCACCGCAUACCGCAGUAUAAUACCUCGUCGACAACGACAACAGCGACGGGCGCUUGUGGCGUAUAUUCGCGACGUCCGGUCGUUUUCUUGUUAGCCGGAAUUUACGCGUCCUCGGACGCUUGGCUACUGAAUGGCCGCGAGAACUCAUUACCAUAUCUGCUGUGGCGGCAAGGCUACGACAUUUGGCUGGGCAACAAUCGCGGCAACAUCUACACGCGCCGCAACGUGUGGUACAAUGCCACGGAGCGUGAGUUCUGGAACUUCAGCUGGCAUGAGAUGAGCAUUUACGAUAUGCCCGCAAUGGUGGACUACAUCAUGCAGUGCACGGGCGAGGCGAAAAUGCAUUUCGUGGGCAUCUCACAGGGUGGCACUGUCUUCUUGGUGCUCAACUCAAUGCUGCCGCAAUAUAAUGGCGUCUUCAAGACAGCACAUCUGUUGGCGCCGGUGGCGUAUGUGAGCAACACAAAAGGUGGGUUGGCCAAGAUUUUCGGUCCCAUAUUGGGUACACGCAACUAUGUAGCCAAAGUGUUGGAGGGCAUGGAGAUGGUGUCCACAAACAAGUUUGUGAAAAAGUUCCUCUCGUCGCUUUGUUUUGAGCACGAACGACCGAUGGUGUGUGUGAGUCGGCUAUGGCCAGCUGUGGGCUAUGACACGCAACAUCUGAACAAGACUUUACUACCGGACAUAAUGGCGAACUUUCCGGUGGGCGGCUCCUUCAAGCAAAUUAUGCACUACUUUCAGGGCUACGUCUCGACGAAGUUCCGCCAAUAUGACUAUGGUCCAGAGAAGAAUUGGUUGUUGUACAAUCAAUUGGAGCCACCCGACUACAACUUGGAGCUAGUCACAGCACCGGUUACCAUCUUCUACGCCGAGAACGAUUACAUCGUCUCAGUGGAGGAUAUUUGGCGUUUGCUGAUGCGUCUGCGCAACCUACAGGCCGUGUACAAGAUUCCACGUAGACGCUGGAAUCAUUUCGAUUUUAUAUGUGGGCUAGGCGUGCGUGAGUUCAUUUUCGAUAAGAUUAUCAGGGCAGCAAACUACUACGAAUAUACAUAUAGUUGACGAUAGAGUUGACUAGAGCUCGAUUUUAAUUACAAAAUUAUUUUAGUUUUUAAAUUUUAAUUGUGAUUUUUAGGAAAAAGUAGUAGUUUUGGUAGCAAGCUUAUUGCUUGUUCCGUAGCUUUUAAGUAAAGUGUUGCCAUAACUAAGUGACGUAUAUUUUGUAGAAUAAAUGUUGACUGGGUAUAAUGGCAUUUCUCGUAUUAUUGAAACUUUAAGAAUAAAAUAUUUAAUAAUAUUAUGGAAAAAGA